CCACCAAUCUCAAACAAACUUAAACUCACUACUACUUCUUGAGCCUUUUCACCUCCAGAAACAAAUGGCUCCAAGAACCUCCCUUGCACUUUUCCUUUCCCUCAACCUCCUCUUCUUCACUCUCACCUCUGCGACCACCCCAAGCACAGGGUCUUGUCCUAAAGAUUCUCUACAGCUCGGUGUUUGCGCCAAUGUGCUCAAGCUAGUUGACUUAACAUUGGGAAACCCACCAGUAAAGCCAUGCUGCUCUCUCAUCCAAGGCUUGGCUGACCUUGAGGCUGCAGCCUGCCUCUGUACUUUGCUCAAGGUUAACCUUCUUGGAAUCAACCUUAACCUUCCCAUUAAUCUCAGCGUACUCCUCAAUGUUUGCGGUAGAAAAGCUCCAACGAACUUCCAGUGCGCCUAAGUUGAAUACUUAUGAACUCUUGGAACCUACUUUCUUAAGUUCUUGUUUUAUUUAAUUAAGGUGAUUAUUUUUUUUUUGUUUUUUUGUAUUUUUCUUGAACUGUUUGAAAUAAACGUACGUUCUCAUGCAAUAAUGGAUAAUCAGUUUGUCUGUGACUGUUAUCGGCAAAUAUGUACUCCUUUGCUUAAUUGUUCCUCCAUCUCUUCUUUGUAACUGUGUCUUUCGAACUCGAUAAAUAAAUUCACUUCUUACCAUUUU